CUUUAACCCGGAACUAUGUAUGCAGCUGUAUUUUCAGGACGAGACACUUUGGACGGAACACAUGAUAGACGUGCCUUGUCUCUUCUGCAUUUAACGUUAUGCCCAAAGAUCAGUCUGGACCAAACUACAAGCUAGUCUCGCUAGCCGCCUACCAAAGAGACAUUUCCUGGACGAUUGAUGAGUUGUGAAGAUGAACACUCAUAAAGCUGCGUUGUGCAAGGUCCAUAUUUUAAAGUUAUUUCUGACUUCGGCAAGGUGCGGGAGGAUCACACGAUUCCAUGGUGUGUGUGGACUUUCCACCUCCACACCUGCCUCCAGUACCAAGGUGUGCAUAGUUGGAGGUGGCCCAGCUGGCUUCUACACUGCACAACACCUAGUCAAGACUCUGACAGAUGUUCAGGUGGACAUCUACGAGCGUCUACCCGUCCCCUUCGGCCUGGUCAGAUUUGGGGUGGCCCCCGACCAUCCAGAGGUCAAGAACGUCAUCAACACCUUCACCCAAACGGCCCAGCAUGCCAGGUGUAGUUUCCAUGGCAAUGUGAGAGUGGGGAAGGACAUCACUGUGGAGGAGCUUCAAGAAGCCUACCACGCUGUGGUGCUGAGCUAUGGAGCGGAGGGGAACAGGACAAUGGGUGUACCAGGGGAAGACUUGGCUGGGGUGUACUCUGCCAAAGACUUUGUCGGCUGGUACAACGGGCUGCCUAGAAACAGUGAGCUUAGGCCGGAUCUGAGCUGUGAGACGGCUGUCAUUCUGGGGCAGGGUAACGUGGCACUGGAUGUUGCGAGGAUACUGCUAUCUCCUGUAGAUAUUCUGAAGAAGACUGAUAUCACCCAGCAUGCACUAGAUGCCCUGGCAGAGAGCAGUGUCCGCAGGGUGCUCAUUGUGGGGCGCAGAGGACCCCUACAGGUGGCCUGCACUAUUAAGGAGCUGAGAGAGAUGGUGAACCUGCCUGGCACCAGACCAGAGAUGGAGGCGUCUGAGUUUGAGGGCAUAGCAGAAACUCUUAAAUCGCUGGCCAGGCCCAGGAAGCGUCUGACCGAGCUGCUGCUGAAGGCUGCAAUAGAGACUCCAGGGGAGGAGGAGUUGGAGAGACGGAACAGGGCAGAGCGGGCCUGGGGAUUCCGCUUCCUCCGGAAGCCCCUGGAGGUCCUCCCCUCCACUGACCUCAUCAGGGCCGCAGGGAUACGAUUGGCUGUCAAUCGGCUGGAGGACGACGGUGAGGGGGUGAGGGCAGUGGCCACCGGUGAGGUGGAAGAUGUGGAGUGCGGCCUAGUCAUCAGCAGCAUCGGCUACAAGAGCCUUCUCAUCGACCCCGCCGUCCCCUUCGACGCCCGAAAAGCCAUCAUCCCCAACACUAUGGGCCGCGUGCAACAGACUGCAGGUCUGUACUGCAGUGGCUGGGUGAAGAGGGGUCCCACGGGGGUGAUAGCCACCACCAUGAACGACAGCUUUGACACAGCCAGGACUCUGCUACAGGACAUUGGUAAAGGAACACUGGAUGUAUCCACCGUCAAGCCUGGCUCACAGGGGGUCUCUGCCCUCCUGGAGAAAAGAGGUGUGAAGCCAGUUUCGUUCUCUGACUGGGAGAAGAUCGACAGUGAGGAGACGAGGAGGGGAGAGAUCAAGGGAAAGCCCAGGGAAAAGAUGCUGGACGUGGGAGAGAUGCUGCAGGUAGCCCGGGCAUAGGGACAAGGGACCACACACACAGGUCAUAUGGAUCAGAGGACUCGACAACCAAUAAGUGAAUAAGAACCACUGACCACACACAACUCUGGUCCAACCCCACUUUUUAUGCCACCUACAGGCCACGAACUUGUCUGUCUAUGGUACACGCAUACAAUCAAUUUAGUCCCUGACCAUCAUGCAAUGCCAGUCAUACUAUACCCAAGUUCCAAGUUGACUUGCCAUAUGUAAUAAAGACACUUUGCAUCUUA